AUGACAGCAUUGUUCAAUGUAUCGUUGUCAAUUAUGCUGGUGCUUUUAGUUUUAAAAGGAAAUAUAAGAUGUUCUAACCAUCGUGAAUUUAAUGUUGAAGAAUUAAAAAAUAUGAUUGAUAAUAAAGAAUUGUAUAUGAAUUUGAAAGUAUUAGAGAGAAAUAUAAUCACAUCGUUACAUUCUGAUGAAUUGAAAGUACCUAUAGUAACACCUGAAAAUGUCUCCUAUCUGAAGGAUAUGUCUAAUUUCAAAACAAUAAAAAUAAGCUCGGAGGAUGGAAUUAGCAACAUAUAUAUAAUACCUCGUACCGAUGCUAAUGCAAAUGAUUUGAUCCGAUACGAGCAUAUAACAAAGGAGCAACUUAUAAAAUCAUACACUUUGGAAAAGUCGGAUUUAGUUAAGAAGAAGAUUAUAAUUAUACGGGCCCUAAAAAUAAUAAAGCUUAUGUUGACCCCAAUGAUUUCGUACAGAAAAACACAAAAUUUGAAGGAAUCGCUCAUGCGAAUAAAUGAAAUAUUCCAUUACAACGAUGAUUUAUUUAAAAAUCACAUUUCUAAUACCUAUAGUGACGAAUAUUUUAGACGCAUCAUAAAUCACAUUGAGGAAUUAAAAAAAUUUGACCCAAAGAACAACGCCUAUGCGUCUACCAUAUUGAAAAAUGCCACAUUUAAUGUAGAGCGUUCCAGUGAAUUACUUUUUACCACCAAUGACGAUAUUAGUUUUAUGGAAAACUUGGAUAAGAUAUCGAACAGCUACGGAAUUUCUAUGUACCAUUUGGUGGGCUCCCAUCUGAUAGCGCUAGGAUAUUUUGUUGUGCUGAAACUAGCUCUCAAGAAAUUUCAGAAUUAUUUCGUACAAGGAGAAUUACGGUUUUUUAGCUGGCAGAAAAUUUUACAAUAUAACAUGUCAGAUAGAUUUAGGCUACUUGAUGCGAUGUGCGACGCCGAUGGUGCUGUCUAUUCAGACAUGAAGCGAAGGAAAAUAUACCUGAAGAAAAACAGAAACUGUACAUCGGAAGAGUGCGUCAUACUGGAGUUCCUAAUUCAUCACUUUAACAAAUACCAAAUGGAGCUCAUCACAAAUAUAUACCAAGAGGACUUUAAGACGCAGGUACUACUAGAGCAUAAACACAUGAAGGAUGAUUUUUUUAGAUUUAUGUGCAACAGUAUUUACUACUGUAAUGUAAACAAUAAUGCUCCUUUUAUAAAGGAGGACAUGAUUGAGACUCCUUUGAACAACCGGACUUUUUACUUUAGAAGAACAGACCCUUUCAUGUUGUACACAAACUAUUUGAACUUUGUAAUGCGAUACCAUCAUUUCACGCCUAAGGAAAUUUUAUACAUGCACUUUUUAAACCUGAUUGGAAUUUUAAAUAACGAGAGCAAGGCAUACGUAUCUUCUUUGCACCUACCAGGAUAUUACAACGCUAUUGAGUUAGCCUUUGAUGACAAUUCCAGCAUCGCCGACCUAUUCCGCAAUCUGAUAGAAUGCAUACGGGGGUGUAUUUCCUCACGGAAGGAGAAAAGGCCUUCAAGGAUUAAAUACCAAUUCGUUCACGAAGAGUUAAGAAUAGCAAAGUGUGACAUGUGUAAGGGAACCUACAUAUACAUUAAUAAGAAGAAUGCGGAAAACCCAUCCAUGCUACAAAAAUAUUACAAUUACGUCGCAAAGGUUGUCAAAAUAGAUAAAGUGAGCACGCUAAUACGAAAUGUGAACAUUUACGAGGAUUAUGAUAACUUUUUGACUAACGAUAUUAGUUGGUACACGUUUUUAUUGCUCUUUAGACUUACUUCCUACAAAGGCAUUGUCAGUAACAACGUAGCGGAAGCCAUGUAUUUGAGUUUAAAAAAGAAUGACAGCUUUCACCGAACAGUCACCACUAGCUACUGGUUUCCUUCCGCUUUGAAAAAAGCUUAUACUUUAUAUGUCAGGAGAAAUAUACCUGUGAGCUUAGUAGAAAAACUAGAAAAUAUGCUAAGUAGAAGCUCCAUAGAGAAAAUGAAGAGAAGCAUCCGAUUCAUGGUGCACGUGAAUUCUUACUUGCAAGUGGACUUUUUUAGCUACCUUAAUGAACCCCCAAUUGGGGAGUUGCGUCCCUCCGCAUUGUCCAUAAUGAUUGAGCAUAAAUUUAAGGAAUGGUACGAUAAUUCUCAGAUUGGUUAUUUCUUCCUAAAUUACGAUAACGAAUAUGCUAGAAAGCGCAUGAGGGACAAUAUGAAGUCGGGAAAUUUUGUAGCCCCGAAAUAUCAGAAAUGGAAUUUAGUACUAAGAAGAUAUGUAAUGAAAGCAUACGAAUCGUAUUUCGAACAAAGGAACGUAAAAAAUUUAUUCAAGUAUUAUAAUUUUUACAACAUUAGUAAAAGAAUUUUGCUAAUGAAGGAUUGCUAUGAAUUAUAUUCAAAGCAUUAUGAGGACAUUAUUUUUCUGGCGGAUAUAUUUAAUAUAAGAAAAUACUUAUCGUCUACCCCUCGUAGAAAAUUCCUAAUAGAUAGAGCGUUGUAUUAUAUGCAUUCGAUUGCGGGGAAUUCUUUAAAUUUUUAUAGGUAUGGCAUCAUAUACGGGUUCACAAUGAAUGAAAAAUGUUUUAUAGAGAUUGUGGAUGAAUUAUUUGGGAUAUAUAAGGCAAACAGGAACAUUUUCUCGGACAUAUCCUUUUUGCAAGCGGUCUAUUUUCUGUUUAGAAAAGUUGAGAACAGCUUCAGCAUCCAGAGGAGAAACGACGAAAUGAGCUUAAGCAACAUCUUUUUCUUUAAUGUAUCAGAAAGUUACUCAAAAAUGAGCAAAGAACAGAGGGAAGAAGAAAUACACAAUUCCAUGUC